AUGUCCGCUGCUUUCCACAGCGUGGGUGUGGAUCGCAACACUGUCACGAUGAGUGCCCCUCUGGCAGAGAUCAUGCAAGCAGUGCCGGAGUUCCUUCAUUCACAGCCAGCAUUUGACAGCUCUAAAGAGACGCUCAACCAAUAUGCAAGAAGGAUCACCAAAAAUGCAACAGCAGAGGUGAGCGUUGCUAUAAAAGAGAAGAGGCGUACUGAACUGCUCCCUAUCACUUAUAAAUUCAAAUAAACACAGAUUAUGCACACACAUUUACACACACACACACUGGGUAGAGAUAGUGUAAGAGUGUGUUCCCGCUGUAAAAAAUGUAACAGAAUAAUUUUUUUAAUGUGUUCGCCUGUUUUCAGAGAUGAGGCGCAAGGAACUGCUCCAUAUCCCCUAUAAAGAUGAUUUUGCACAAAUUUACACUACCAGUCAAAAGUUUUGGAACACCUACUCAUUCAAGGGUUUUUCUUUAUUCUUACUAUUUUCUACAUUGUAGAAUGAUAAUGAAGACAUCAAAACUAUGAAAUAACACAUAUGGAAUUGCAUAGUAACAAAAAAGUCUUAAACGAAUCAAAAUAUAUUUUGUAUUUUAGAUUCUUGAAAUAGCCACCCUUUGCCUUGAUGACAGCUUUGCACAUUGAGUUGCUUGUUCCUGAAUGGUAACCUUGUAUUUAAAAUACUUUUCUUUAUAACGAUAUUGUAAUAACUAAACUUUUGAUAUACCCUGCAAAAUUUUAAUAAUAAUGAAAGUAAAUAGUAAUUACACCAUUGUUGUAACAUAGUAACUACAUAGUACUGUAAUGACAGUACAUGAGUCAUUCAUGAUUUGUUUCACUUUACAUCAAGUUGCUUGUUCCUGUGUAAGAAACAUUGUAGUUACGAUAGUUUUCUUUAUAACAACAUUGUAAUAACUGACAUUUUGAUGUAUCUUGUGAAAUAUGUAAUUGCAUUGAAAGUACAUUGUAAUUACACUUAUAGGUGUUGUAACAACAGUUAUUCUACAUUGAAGUGUAUUUUUCCACUGAUUGUAAUAAAAAUGUUUACCCUACCUGUGUUUCACUUUACUUGAACCUGCUUGCUCAUCAGUACCUACAUUUAUUGAUCAAUUUAUUUUAUUUUUUAUUGAACCUUUAUUUAAUACAUUAACAUUAUGCAUUAUAUUAUUUAGAAAAAUAUUUCACUUACAUUACAGCUUUGAAGCCAUGGAAAUAAACCUGAAAUCCCUUUUCAAAGGCAGGUAUAUAGUAUUUACAAAGGAUACACCAAUAUGUGUUUCACUUUACAUUAAGUUCCUUGCUCCUGGGUAGGUACAUUAGUUACAUGCAUAUCCAUUGUAAAUAAAUUGCUCUCACAUUUAAUGCAGUGCAUCCUUUAAGCCAAAUAAUAUGGAAAUAAUAUAACUGAAGCUGUAGUUAUUGAUAGGGUGUGCAUUGUUACAACAGCAGACUGAGUCCUAGCCUGGCUUAUUUUGGUGGUAGUGACUUAUGUAGUUACAUAUAACAAGGUUACAUAUUAGGAUGCAUUGUUAACAUGGCGCUACACAGGAGACUGCAAAAGUGUAUUUACAGAACAUGUUAGUUACAUUUGGAACAAGACAUAUUGUAAUUACAGUUGGAACAAGACAUAUUGUAAUUACAUAUACAUAAAUCACAAGUUAUUACACAUGUGGAAUAACCUCCCACAAGCUGAUUUGUAAUGACAUGUCCUUGUUCCACUUGUGUAAUAACCUAUUCCGCUAAACCCUUAUUACAGUAUAAUUACAUAGUAUUUACAUAGUAAUUACAUGUAACGUCUGUUAUAAAUGCAUUUAUUACUAUUUAGUUACUUAUUAAUUGAUGCACACUUAAGGUAAAGUGUUACUGUAAAGUCUUUUGUCUGUAAUGUAUUUUUCGUUAUACGUCGGACCCUAGUCAGACUAGCUGUUGCCAUUGGCGUCGGCUAAUGGGGAUCCUAAUAAAUCAAAUCAAAUCACUUGAUACUGAUCAAUUGAAUCAUUUAUUGAGUCUCCGGUAGGACACCUCUCAUAGUGGUCCUUACAUGGACGCUUUCUGACAAAGUCCACUCUGGUCCACCAUCAAAGCACUGAUUAGCAGAUAUUGUAAACAAGGCACUGGCCAAGAGGUUACAAGGCUUUACAUGCUCUCACCCUCACCCUAUUACACUCCUCCUAAGAGCUAUUGUUCACUCUCUCCCUCCUAUCUGCUCUUUCACUGUACCUCCAUCUGUAUCAAUCCAUAGGUUUCCUCAUUGGACCAGUCACCAUUAUGCUACAUGUGUCAAAGCAAAAUGGUUGCCUGUUCGAGUCGCUCAACCUGAUAAUUGUCGGAUGGGGAUGCUUUAUUCAAGACCAUACUUCUCACAGUCAUGCCUUAGUGAGCCGGCUGCAUUUCAGCAGUUUGCCGGCUCGCUCUUUCCUCUCAUGUGCCCCGGCCCAGACUUGUUUUUACAAUUUCUGUAUUGAUUGGUGGCUCCCUCUUGGAUGUCGGCCUACCCGUGUCUGAUAUAACGGAAGGAAGAUUUGUUCACAUUUUUCACAGGGCUUCUGGGGCUCUUUCUUUAAACGCUUUAGCACACCUGAUAUCUAA